AUGGCAUCCCCCUCAACGCCAGACCUAAACGCAACGCGCGAAGCAGAUUACAAACGCUUCAAGAACUACGCAGCCUACACAUUCCUAAUCGGCGCGCCGAUCCUAAUCGCCCUCCCACCACGCAAACUCGACCCUCUCACCGUCCUAGUCCUCUGCUCCUUCGGCGCAUCCGCAAACCACAUCGUGCACGAUCGCACAGGACGCAGCAUAGUCGACCGUAUUGACGCGCGCAUUUCCCGCGUGCAGGGGACGUUCUCUUCUCUGCCGAGCGAGCGCGCGCAGGAGAUCCAAGAACGACUUCGGGCUGCGCGCGAUGCGCAGCUCCGCCAGGCUGAGCAUGAGCAGUUGCAGGCGCGGAUUUUGUCACUUUCGGAUAAGCAGCGCAGGGAUCCGGAUCCUGGGUUGAUGGAGGAGAUUGAAAAGCUUAAGGCGAGACAGGCGCAGGAAGAAGGAAUUGUGCAGCGGGUUUGGAUGGGUGGGGAGUCUGAGGGGUGGAAGGAGAGGAGGUUGAGGGAGGAACAGAAGGCGCUUAGUGAGGGGAAGGGGUAUGGUGAUUUGAUUCAGGAGCAUAUUUGGGAUGUUUGGACUUGGGGUGGGAAGGAUGGGAAGGCUGGUGAGGGGGGUGAAGGAUGA